AUGACCUCCCCUUCCUUAUCUCCAAACGACCGUUUUCGCGUGGUGAUUGUGGGAGCCGGCGUCGCAGGGUUGACCCUCGCGCAUGCCCUCGAUCUCGCGGGCAUCGACUAUGUCUUGGUAGACAAAGGAGUCGUCGCACCACCCUGGGGGAUCAGUAUCACGCUUCAUCCGCACGCCUGCCGCAUUCUGCAUCAGAUCAACUGUUUCGAGGCGGUCUCGGCACAGUGUACGACGAUGGAGCUGUUUUGUCUCCGUGGGCCGGACGGAAAGGUCUAUCACGAGCAGCGGUUCUUUGAGGCAAUUGGGAAACGUACAGGGUAUACGACGCUCACGCUCGAACGAAGGGCAUUACUACGGACGCUGUAUGAUAAGCUACGGGAUAAGUCCCGGGUCAUCGAGCGGUGCCGGGUCCAAGACAUCCAGGAGCGCGACGGGAAGGUCCACGUCCUCAUGGCCGACGGUAGCAAGCAGACAGGGGACUUGGUGGUAGGCACGGAUGGGGUGCACAGCGUCGUGCGGGAGUUGAUGUGGAAGAGAGCGAAUGAGGUUAUACCGCAUUUCAUCUCUGCCGCUGAGAAACGAUACAAGACUGACCAAGCAGCAAUUGUGACCUCCUACAACGCCCUGAUUGCCAUGUGUCCCAUGCAGCCCGGCCUCGGGCUGUCAAACAUGCACUGUGUCUCCAACGACAAGUUCUCCUUUCUCAUCCUGUGCCAGCCGGACACGAUCUACUUCGUGGCGCAUUGCAAGCUCCCCGGCGGGCGACAGACGCGCUGGCCAAAUAGGGAGCGCUACACGCAGGCCGAUAUCGACGAACUGGCGACCAAACUGGCCGAUUAUCCUCUGUCCGAGUCGCUGCUGUUCGGGGAGCUCUGGGAGAAGCGAACGCGGGCGCAUCUGGUGUCUCUUGAAGAAGGUGUCUUGGAGCAUUGGUUCUUCGGGCGGACGGUGCUCGCCGGAGACUCGGUGCAUAAAGUCACACCCAAUGCAGCCUUUGGCGGCGCCACGGCCAUGGAGAGUGCCGUCGACCUGGCCAACUCGAUCCACCGAGCGGUGACUGCGCAUCCGAAUAAGACGCCGUCCGACGUGGAGAUCAGGGAUACCUUGCAGGGGUACGAGAACUCUCGGCGAGAUCGUGUGAAGGACAUCUACCGCGUGAGCUGGAUGUUGACGCGGUUGCAAGCGUAUGACGGGUGGCUGAGCUACAUCGCGCAACGAUGGGUGUUGCCGCUUAUUGGGUUGGAUUUCGUGGCGAAGAAUGUUGCGCAGACGUGUAGUGAAGCUCCGAAGCUGGAGUAUGUCUUUGUCGAUGAGGACAGGGGCAGUUUGGGGUGGAAAGAUAGUAAACCGGCGGCCAAGCGCAGCGAAAUGCUUAUGGCCCCGAAGUCGCAGCUGGUUCCUUAUUUUCCGCUGCUGUUUGGUGCCGUGGUGAUGUUUUCUUCUGUGGCGUUUGUCUUUAUGGUUUGA